CCUUCCUUCAUAUGUGCUGCUUGCAGGAUACGCAUAAAUAAGGCUCACCUUGUCCAGAUGCACAUAGGACAUUUUUGAAGGACCGCUUGGAAAGGACAUAAGUAACUUUUUGUUUCUGAGGUAUCGGGGGAACAGGAUCUGUGCAAAGAAGAUGUCAACAUCCAGGGAGAAAAGAGGGCUCUUGCCACAGUAUACUAUAAGACGUUUUGGACUUACUUCAGUAGUUCUGGUAUUUCUACUAGUUAUAUUUAUAAGUCCAGAAUUGUCAAGUGGGAAUAAACUUCGUAUGAUGCUACAGAAAAGAGAAGCUUCUGCACCUGCUAAAACGGUGGUGGCUGUAGAAGGAAAUAAAGCCAAUGAGUUCUUAAAUACACUAAAGAGACCAAAGCGACAACUCUGGGACAGGACUCGUCCAGAAGUCCAACAAUGGUACCAGCAAUUUCUCUAUAUGGGCUUCGAUGAAGCAAAAUAUGAAGAUGACAUGUCAUACUGGAAGAACCAAGGCCGUGGCGGGAGUGAAUACUAUGGUGGUUUCCAUCAGCAUCAUUAUGACGAGGAUUCAGCCAUUGGACCCCGCAAUCCCUAUACCUUCAGACACGGAGCUGGGGUCAACUAUGAUGAUUAUUAGAGCCAGAAAUUCAGUGCUGUACACCAUAUUUAGAUUACAAGGAGCAGUUGAGCUUCCACACGUUUAGUAUGAUUAGUUGCUAUACAAUAGCGAAAUAAUAAAUACACUAUUAUGCUCUUUUAUAUUUUGCCAGAAACCGAUGUAAACGCCUUAUAUAAAUUUUAGUUUAAAGUAGGAUGUCAUUUAGAGACCCUAAAAAAUGUAUGUAAAUACAAAGUGCCGUGGGGUUUUUUUUUUGUUUGUUUGUUUGUUUUUUUAAUGAGGGGCAGUUUGUAUUCAACAGUGCAUUUUCUGGUCAGAUUUGAAUCUUAGCUAAGAUGCCAGUAAGAACUGCCUUGAAGAAAAAAAAAAGAUGUUUGACUAUCACUAAAGGUGUUUGCCCCAGUAUAAAGCAGUGCUAUGUACUAAGCAUUCAGCACUAGAAAUGGAGUAGUCCUUUUGAGGACUUUUUCCCCCAAAAUAAUAAAAUAAGCUUAGUUAAAACCAGAA